AUGAACUACUGAAAAACAUGCUUACGACUACUACCGAUUCGCCUCAACAUAAAAGAAUUCUUCGAAUGUGGAAUAACAGCAAGGACGAUUCUUCGUCAUAUAAUAUUCACCGAACGUAUAAAUCAAACGAAGAUAUUAUAAAAAUAAAAAAAGCAAAGGAGAUACAUUUGGAAUUAAUCAAAUGUGCUAGGUAUACAAACGAUGUAUAUGGCAUACAUAGUUUAAUAUCUGUACCUACAGCUUUUAUUUUUAUCACUACUCUGGGUUACAAUUUUGUCUUGUAUGCGCAAGAACUAUAA